GCGUCGGCGACGGUUCCGGUUCGCGUUUCGAUCGUGUUUUUUUUUUCGGAGAACCCCGACGACGACCGACACGGUGACGAGUGCUGCGAGGCCGUCGGAAAAACAGUUUUUCUAAUUUCCCAUUGGCUUCCCGACUGGAGAUGCCACCUGCUGCUGCCUGACGUGUAGGUAGACGACGGCCAGCCUUCCAGACAGCUCUUCCCCCUCGACCAUACAGUUCUGACGCGGGGAAUGGCUACAACAGUGACCAGCACAACUCCAGUCCCAACGAGGACUCCCACAAAAGGUGCCACUGCGGUUGCCACUUGCACCGCCAUCACAGCCCCAGCCGUGCCGCCCAGAGGCCCGGAAUCUCCGGGAGCCAUUAUGCCGACGGCCAGUGCGGCACCCGGUGUCUCCCUAGCCAUGACAGCGGUCCCAAUGCCGUCGCACGUCCAUCUUCUGCCCGGAAGCGGUGGCCAGCCGUCGGCAAUGACGCCCGUUUCGCCCACAGCCGCGCCCACAGCCCUCACACAGCCGCACAGCCUCAGCCCAUCCGCGCCAAUGAUGGCCCAAGGAACACCACCCGCUCCCACGAUGGGCGGACUCUUCUGCGGAGGAAACGGAAACGCACCUGCGACGGCGACGGCGACGGCGACGGCCACCGCCACCAAUCUCAAUGCCUUGGCCUCCCAGCAUCGCCUGCUUGAAUUGUCCCGCUUCGGACUGCGCGGAUACGACCUGGCCCAGCACAUGCUCUCCCAGCAAGGAGCCGUCUCCAAGCUGCUAGGCACCCUGCGACCACCCGGCCUCAUCGGCGGCUCCAAGCCCAAGGUGGCCACCCCAACGGUUGUCUCCAAGAUCGAGCAGUACAAGCGCGAGAAUCCAACGAUUUUCGCGUGGGAAAUACGCGAGAGACUGAUCAGCGAAGGUGUCUGCACGAAUGCCACCGCCCCGUCGGUGAGCAGCAUCAAUCGCAUUCUGCGCAACCGCGCCGCCGAGCGGGCCGCGGCGGAGUUCGCCCGAGCCGCCAGCUACGGCUAUGCCCUGCAUCCCACGCACCCACAUCCCUACACGAGCUUUCCCACGUGGCCCGGCCACCAUCCGCUCUGGGGUGCUGUGCCCCUGCCCGCCGGCGGAGCCCUUCCCGGCAGCACUAGCUACGGCAGCGACGGCAAUGCCAGCUCCAAUGCCAACUCCCACACCACCAAUAGCAACAACACCACCAACGGGAGUGCCUGUGGGGAGAGCAGUGCCGGCAGUGGACGGCUCUCCUUGCCGGCCCUCUCGCCGGAAUCGGGUAGCAGGGAGAGCAGGAGCAGCCGCUCCCCGGAGGCGGAUGCAGACGUGGAUACAGACGCCAACCGUGUGAUCGAUAUUGAGGGAGAGGACAGCGAGUCGCAGGACAGCGAUCAGCCCAAGUUCCGCCGCAACCGCACAACCUUCAGCCCGGAGCAGCUGGACGAACUGGAGAAGGAGUUCGAAAAGUCGCACUAUCCGUGCGUGAGCACCCGCGAAAAGCUGGCUGGCAGGACCGCGCUGAGCGAGGCGCGGGUGCAGACGAGCGAAAUGGCGGCGCCACCAACGGGUCAACUUGCUCAAGCAGCGCGACUCGACAUCGACCUCAACAUCGCCAACGCCAACGUCAACGCCUGCUGGAGGUCCACCUCCAGUUGCAUCGACGCCCGAGCCUGGUCCUCAGAAGCCGCUGGAGCAUCACGCGUAUCCGGGCCAUCGCCAUCUCUACAACACCAGCCACAUCAGCAGCAGCAGCAGCAGCAACACCACCACCACCUCCACAACCUGCAGCAACAGCAGCAGUUCCCACAACAACAGCAACAUCAACAACAACAACUUCGUCCUCGAGGUGGAAGCAACGCGGGAAGCGGCACCGGCACCUCCUGCCUCACCCACAGCAUCAGCUCCAUUAUCAAUGGGCGGUGAGAACAGUGCGUUCCGUACCCUGCCCAUGCCAAUCCCCAUGCCCAUGCCCAUGCCCAUGCCCAUGCCCAUAC